AUGGGGCGCUGCUGGACUUGCUGCUCACUGACCAAGAAAACAUGCUCUAAUAUCUCAGUUAGUGACAGCCUUGGCUGCAGUGAUCACAACAUUGUGGAGUUUGGGAUAAAGCUGAGCACGCUGAAGGUUAGUUCCAAGACAAAGAUUUUGGACUUUAGAAGAGCAAACUUCAGCUUCCUCAGGGCUCAGCUGGAAGGGAUCCUGUGGGAAGCUUCCAUGGAGGAUAAAGGAGCUAGUGAGUGCUGGGAGUUUUUCAAGAACACUUCCCUAGAUGCACAAAGCCAGUUUAUCCCCUCUAAAGGCAAGGGAAGUAGGUGGAGUAAGAGACCCCCUUGGCUUAACCAUGAGCUUCUGGGUCUGCUCAGAACCAAAAUGGAGUUGUACCAGAGAUGGAAAAGUGGAACAUCACCUGUUGAAAAUUACAAGGGCAUUGCCAGGGUGUGCAGAGAUGCAGUUAGGAAAGCAAAAGCUCGGCUUGAGCUGAAAUUGGCCAGAGGUGUCAGAAAUUUCAAGAAAGGUCUUCUUCAGAUACUAUUCUUCAGACAUGUUGACAACAAGUAGAAACAGGAGAGUAUUGGCCCACUAUUAAAGAGAAAAGGUGAACUAGUCACCAACAACACUGAAAAUGCAGAGGUCCUCAACAUUUUCACCUCUGUCUUUACCAGUGCUGUUGGGUCCCAGGCCACGGGAACAAAAAUCCAGAUUCAUGCAGAUGCAGACCCGCUGUCACUGAAGGAAGAGUUGGUGUGUCAACAGUUACAGGAGCUUGAUCCGUACAAAUUGAUGGACCCAGAUGCCAUCCACCCAAGGGUGUUAAGAGAGCUGCAUGUUGUUGUGAGGCCACUCUCCAUAAUCUUUGAGAAGUCAUAGAGAUCAGGAGACAUGCCUGAAGACUGGAAGAAGGCUCAUGUCACCCCUAUCUACAAGAAGGGUUCCAAGGAAGACCCAGGUAAUUAUAGGCCCAUUAGCCUCGCAUCAAUCCCUGGGAAAGUUAUGAAGCAAAUCCUCCUGGGGACUAUCGCAAGUAGACUGAAGCACGAGUUUGGGAAAGGCCAACGUGGAUUCACCAGGGGCAAAUCGCGCUUAAAAAACCAGAUUGCUUUCUAUGACAAAGUAACCCGCGUGGUUGAUGCAGGGCAAGCAGUGGACAUUGUCUACCUGGACUUCUCCAAGGCUUUUGACACUGUUCCCCACAGCCUCUCCCUUGAAAAACUGACACGUUAUGACCUAGACAAGUGGUCUGUGCAGUGUGUUUGGAACUGUCUGACAGGCCAUACUCAGAGUGUGGUAGUAAAUAGUUCAUUCUCAAACUGGCAACCAGUCACAAGUGGGAUCCCCCAGGGAUCAAUAUUGGGCCCAGUGCUGUUUAAUAUCUCCGUAAGUGAUUUGGAUUUUGGGAUGAAAAACACCCUGAUGAAGUUUGCAGACAUCAAAAUGAGUGUGGUAGUUGACACUCCAGAAGGGGGAGCCACCCUCCAGGAAGAACUGGUGGAGUGGGUUGGGAGGAACGUUAUGAAGUUCAGCGUGGACAAGUGUAAGGUCUUGCACCUGAGAAUACAUAACCCAGGAAUGCAAAUCAGACUGGGAUCCACCUGGCUGGAGAGCGGCCCUGUGGAAAAGGACCUGGGGGUCUUGGUGAGUGAACAGUCUGCUGCAGUGGCAAAGAAAGCCAACAGGAUGCUGGGUUGCAUUAACAAGGACAUCACCAGAAGAGAUAAAGAAGUCAUUAUCCCACUCUACUCAGCACUGGUCAGACCAGACCUUGAGUACUGCAUUCAGUUUUAG